GUGUGCUGGUAAUGGCGCAGGCAGGCUGGUAAAGGCAUGGGUGUGCCAGAGCUUAAAGCAGGUUCAUAGUUCUGUUGGCAUGAGCGCGACGGUGAGGUUGGAAUGCAAACACUUUCAGAACGAUGCGGUGGAACACAGCAUUGAGGCCGUCAGUGGCGCCGACGGUUAUUAUACAUUCAUUGUUCCCAAUGAUCACGAGGAGGAAAUUUGUUAUGUGAAGCUGAUUAAGAGCCCGAGGGCUGAUUGCGCUGAGUUCGUUGAGAACAGAGAGCAGGCGCGCAUUCUGCUUACCGAAAACAGCGGUCAGGCCAACAACUUGCGUUAUGCUAAUGCGUUGGGCUUUCUCAAAGAUGUCGCACUUCCAGUAUGCCCCGAGCUGCUCAAGGCCUACGAAACUGAUGAUGAUUUUUAAAUAAUUAAAAUGGAGAUAUAUGAUGAUUUAUUUAUAUGUUUUUUGGUUUCAUGGAAGUUGUUAUAAGAAUAUAAGUGAUUGAUUCAAGGAACAAUUCAUGGGGGUAUGAGUAUAUUGGGAAUGGGUUGUUGAUGAAGUUGCAAUUUCUAUUUAUUGUGAAAGAUUGUUUUGUGUUUUUUCUUUCCU